CUCAACACGCUGGACACGUCCCCGGGCCACGUCGCUCUCCUCGCCAUCUUUCAGUUGGGAGUGGGGCAGACGCCGUAGAUUCGGUGUCCUUAUCUCACUUUUGGGGACCCACUCGCUGCUGAAGUUCGGUCCGACCUGUCCGCCAUUUAACUGUUUCUCAUUCUAACGUUACUCUACCGCUGAAGGCGUCUCUCUCUCCUUCUCUCUCUCUUUCCGCGCCGACAGAAACAUGAACAUAUUCAGGCUCACCGGGGAUCUCUCUCAUUUAGCGGCUAUCAUCAUCCUGCUGCUCAAAAUAUGGAAAAGCAGGUCUUGUGCCGGUAUAUCUGGCAAAAGCCAGAUUCUCUUCGCCCUGGUUUUCACUACUCGCUACUUGGACCUCCUCACCUCCUUUAUCUCUCUGUACAACACCAUUAUGAAGGUUAUCUACAUUGGAUGUGCAUAUGCCACAGUGUACCUGAUCUAUGUUAAGUUCAAAGCCACCUAUGAUGGCAACCAUGACACUUUCAGAGUGGAGUUCCUAGUCGUCCCGGUGGGUGGCCUUGCUUUCCUCGUCAACCACGACUUCUCUCCUCUUGAGAUAUUCUGGACCUUCUCUAUCUACUUGGAGUCAGUGGCCAUUCUUCCCCAGCUUUUUAUGAUCAGUAAAACUGGUGAAGCUGAGACUAUAACCACCCACUAUCUGUUCUUCUUGGGGCUCUAUCGUGCCCUGUAUCUCAUCAACUGGAUCUGGCGCUACUACUUUGAAGGAUUCUUCGAUAUGAUUGCCAUCGUGGCAGGCAUUGUUCAGACAAUCCUGUAUUGUGAUUUCUUCUAUCUUUAUGUAACAAAAGUGUUGAAAGGAAAGAAGCUGAGUUUGCCAGCUUAAGUGCCAAAGCCAGAGCCUUGGCAGUUGUGCGUGGGGGCACAGGACACCGCUGACACCAAGUUUGAGUAAGAUGCCUGAGAUGGAAUACAAAAGGGAUCCACUUCUCUUUUUCCUGAAACCUUGACCAGCUCUGGGACAGUUUUGGAUUCAAACUGUGGCAAACCCUCGGCUUCCCCAUUAUUUGGAUUCCUGAUUUUUGUUUUUUGUUGGUUGCCUUACUAUUUUUUCAUUAUUAGGCACUAAGGAAAAAAGUAAGAAGUGUUUUCUACAUGAAAUGUGUAUUCCCUUCAGUUUGGCUCCUGGCAUCAUAAAAGAGCUGAAAUUGCCUAAAAUUUGGCGGUGUGUAAUGGUCAAGGGGACUUAUUCUUGCUGAAUAUUGACUAUAUUUGUAAGAGUAUUUGCAAUCUUAAUAAAUGUACAUUGUUUACUGAAACUCUAGAUGAGUGUUGGUUGGACAAAUUACUCUCUGUGACAGAUUUGUUUGAGGAAUGGUUGUUUUUACAUUAUCACCCUAUGUAGAUUCCUUUGCAAAGGAAGGCUAAUCUCAAAACAGCGGUUUUGCCCCAUGCUCUGGUCAGCUCUCAUAUUUUGUUUUUUAUUAGAAUGAAAGAGCACCUUUUCAGUGUUUUCCUAAGUUUGUGAGAUGGAAAAUUUCAAAAUAAUCAAGUCUGUAGCAAUGUGGAAGCUGAUGUGUUUUCUUUCUUUUUUUUCCCUCUUUUUUUUGCACCAGAGUCAUGUUUGCAUCAGUUUGCACACUGCUUUAUUUUCACUGCUAAUUGGGUAUUUCAUUUACCCAAAUGAUGCAUUUUGCUUCAAAAAUGUUUUUUUCCACUCUUGACAUACACAUAUUGCGUAUAUAUAUAUUUACCAGAUUUUAAUCAUGUUGGCCAAUGUGCUUUUUUAACAUUUUAUCUGACGUUUCUAAAAUUGAAAAAAACGUGAAAUUCGUUGAGGUAGCAUAUAACUUAAUAAUUGAGGGACUGACGUUCCAGACAUUUAUCUUACAUAUUGAACGUUUGACUUUGAUUUUUUUUUUUGUCAGAACCAUUGCCAGCAGCAUUGCCCAUAUAGUUGUAAAGCAUGAUUUGUAUAUUGAGCUAUACUUUACUGUUAUAUUUUGUUUCUAAUCACUGAUGGAUGGGCAUUGUUGCAAAUUGGAAUUGAUAUUUUUUUUUUUUUAUUAUGAUUAUUUCUGGAUUAUAAUUUUCCUUUUUUUUUGCUCAGCAAAAAGCAGUUUUUUUAGUUAUUCAGGUUUGCAUGAUGUCCACCUCAAAUAAAGAUUUUAUGGGAAACAC